AUGAACGGCGGGGCUCUGCCGCCGCUGUCCCCCGCCGCAGCCCGCGGCCGCCGGCGGCCCGCCUCCCCCGAGCUGCUGCGCUGCAAGCGCCGCCUGGCCUUCGCCGCCCUGCCGGGCACCGGGGCGGCGGCGGCGGCCGCCGUGGCCCGUCGGAACGAGCGGGAGCGCAACCGCGUGCGGCUCGUCAACCUGGGCUUCGCCGCCCUCCGCCAGCACGUCCCCCACGGCGCCGCCAGCAAGAAGAUGAGCAAGGUGGAGACCCUCCGCUCCGCCGUCGAGUACAUCCGCGCCCUGCAGCGGCUCCUCGACGAGCACGACGCCGCCGCCUCUUUCCCCGACGGCCGCGGGCGGGUGGCCGUCGGGGAAGUUGGCGGCGGCGGCGGCUACUCCUCCGCUUCUCCCUCCUUCGCCUCCUCCGCGCCCGGCUCGCCGUGCUCCUCGGAGGAGAGCGGAUACGACGCGGCGCUCAGCCCCGAGGAGCGGGAGCUGCUGGACUUCACCAGCUGGCUGGGGAGCUACUGA